GCGGGUCACCUCACUCUUCUUCGUUGGUGGGCUUGCCAUGUUUGCGGAAGCUCGGUCACAGCAGCUAGCUGAAGGCUUGUCACUGGAUUUUGUUGCAGCGUAGCUGUAUCCUGACAUCCAAAAUGAAUCUGCCAAAGGGGCCAGAUUCGUUGUGCUUCGAUAAAGAUGUUUUUAUGAAGGAUGACUUCGAUGUUGACCAGUUUGUGGCGGAGUGUCGGAAGCAGGUCCAGCUGGAGGAGAUGAGAAUGGACCUGGAGCUCUAUUAUAAGCUGCUGAAAACGGCCAUGGUGGAGCUCAUUAACAAGGACUAUGCCGACUUUGUUAACCUCUCUACCAACCUGGUUGGGAUGGACAAAGCCCUCAACCAGCUUUCUGUGCCACUUGGACAGUUAAGAGAGGAAGUUAUGAGUCUGCGGUCCUGUGUGAGUGAGGUGAUUGAGGCUAUAGACAGCCAGCUGUCCAAACAGAAAGACCUGCAGGACAAAAAGGUGUGUGUUUUGAGGCUGAUUCAGGUGGUGCGCUCAGUGGAGAAGAUUGAGAAGAUCCUAAACUCACAGAACUCCAAGGAAUCAAGCUCUUUGGAAAUCAGCAGUCCCUUGUUAGCAGGUCAGAUCCUGGAGAGGAUUGCUACAGAAUUCAAUCAACUGCAGUUCCAUGCUGUACAAAGUAAAGGCAUGCCCCUGCUGGACAAAGUCAGACCUCGUAUCGCAGGGAUCACCUCCAUGCUGCAGCAGUCUCUGGAGGGCCUGCUGAUCGAGGGUCUGCAAACCUCCAAUUUGGUCAUGGUGCGUCACUGCUUGAGGACAUACGCCACCAUAGACAAGACCCGAGAUGCUGAGGCCCUGGUAGGACAAGUGCUGGUCAAACCAUACAUGGACCAGGUGGUAAUAGAAGAGGUGGUGAAGUCCAGUCCAAACGGUCUCCAGUUGAUGUAUACUAGACUGUUGGACUUUGUUCCUCAUCACUGCAGACUGCUUAGAGAGGUCACAGGUGGAGCUAUAUCCAGUGACAAAUCUGACGUCGUGCCAGGUUAUGAUUUCCUGGUGAACUCCGUGUGGCCAGAGAUCAUCAAAGGUAUCGAGGAGAGGUUGGCAUAUCUCUUCAACCCUGGAAAUCCUGACAUAUUCUAUGAGCGUUACAGUGCGAGUAUGGAGUUUGUGCGGCGGUUCGAGCGUCAGUGCAGCUCACAGGCCAGUGUAAAGAGGCUGAGAGUUCACCCCUCAUAUACCAGCUUCCAUAACAAGUGGAACCUGCCUGUUUAUUUCCAACUACGGUACAAAGAAAUAGCAGGAAGUUUGGAGAAUGCUGUAAGUGAUGGACUAGAGGCGGCACCAGCUGGCAGUGUAUACCACCUGCAGGUUUCUGAGGUGUUGUGGUCCUGCUUACAGAGGUGUUGGUCAGAUAAAAUCUACCUGUCUCCUCUUGCACAUCGUUUCUGGAAGCUUACUCUGCAGCUUUACGCCCGAUAUGCCAAGUUUCUUGAUGAGGUAUUAACAAAGACUCCAACCCCAGAGAUGCCCAAAGAGCCAACCAGACCUCUGCCGAGCUCCGCCUCCUCCACCUCCAGUCGAACAUCAUUGGAGGAGGGCGGCAGCGAGAGUGGAAGUCCGGCUUCCCUUUCUACCAAACAGCUGGUCUACAUCGCAGCUGAUAUCCAAAAGUUGCAGGAACAGAUACCAGAGUUGUCAGAGAUAGUCAGACAGCGAUUACAAGCCAUUGGAUUCAAAAACUUCUCUAUUGUAGAAGACGCUUUUUCGGACUCAAAGGCUUGUCUGUCAAGUAGCAUUCCCACUCUGAACACCAAGAUGACCCAGCACCUGACUGAACGCAGUUGCCGCUUCCUGAAGAGCGCCUCGGAGGUUCCUCGACUCUACCGCAGGACUAAUAAGGAGGUGCCGGUGCGUGCUUCAGCCUACAUGGAUAACGCCUUACGCCCACUGCAUCAACUGCUGACUGACUCGACAGGCCUGGUUACCCCCCCUACAGCACAAGAGUGGCUGCGUGUAGCACUGUGCGAGUGCACACAGAGGUACUAUGAGACGAUCUCUGAGGUGCUCAGCUCAGUGAGAAAGAUGGAGGAGAGUCUGAAGCGACUGAAGCAAGCCAGAAAGGGAGCGAGUACGACUACAACAUCAGGAGCAAACGGUGGACCCACAGACGACAGCAAGAUCAGACUUCAACUGGCACUGGAUGUGGAAUACCUGGGAGAACAGAUCCAGAAGAUGGGUCUUCAGCCAGGGGACAUCUCCAUGUUCUCCACUCUGAUGGACCUUGUGAAAGAGGCCCGAGAGCUCGCUGAACAGAACUAGUGAAAGGUUGACAACUUGUCGACUGAAACGAUGUUGCACUCGUAUCUGCAUUUCCUGAAGACUUGAGAAGAGAAGCAGAGGUCAAUUAACAGGCAGUGAUAGUUGAACCGAGAGGGAUGUAUGACAAGAACUGACACUACUGAGAUCCUUUUUCAAGCUUUUUCAUGAAAAGAUGGUUUAUUUAAUGCAGUCAUUGAAGCCAAAUUGCACAAAAAGUCAACAACAGGAACUUGAAAGCUGUUGUUUUGCAUUAAACUGGAACACCAUUACUUCUCCUGUAGGUCUGUAAACAAAUGGGACUUUAUGGUACUUUGAUAAUGAUUUACUUUAACCAAAUGACUGAUGCCGGGUGGUUUUAUUAUACAUUGCUCCUUAGAAAGUUAUUGUACUGCUCAUAUGUUGGGAAACACAAAUCAAAGAGAAUGUGAAUGUUGACUAGUGGUGAAGGAUUUAUCUCAGAAAGAAGACUUUAAUUAUACAACAUUUAUCUGAAAAUCUAAUGUUUAUUAUAAUGUCUUUAACAAUAUAUACUUAACUGUGGGAAUAAAGUGAAGAACUUUGGGUA